ACGACGGUGGCAUUAUGGGUAAACUGUGUGCAUUUUACCUUAGGGUUAUUUGUAUACCAAGUCAAAGUGGGCGUGAUUGUCUUGCCUGCCGUUUAUAUAGUUUGAUCGACCCCUGACCCCCCUUGUAUCACCGUCGCUUUCAAGCUUCAACGUUUCUACACGUCGUGGCGUUGGCCAGCUUGUUGUCCGUAACUAUACAGGUAUCCCUGUUCCCGAGUACAACACUGCAUUCUGGCACCAGAAUCAGCAAGUCAGGAUUUCAUCAUGGCGUCCGCAGGCCUGUCGUUUGAGAACCCCGUGUUCGCGGCUUACGCUGCCUACUCCAGUGUGGUCUUGCUGAAGAUGUUUUGCGUGACGGGCUACACCACCAUCACACGUUUCAGAGUGGGGGUUUUCGCUAACCCAGAGGACGUCAAAGGCAACAAGGGAGCUAAGGUUCGACUUGACAACUCUGACGUGGAGCGCGUGCGCAGGCUUCACCGCAACGACCUGGAGAACAUCCCUGCCUUCCUGGCCGUGGGUUUGCUGUACGUGAUGACCGGCCCGUCCGCCGGGGCGGCCCUGUGGCACUUCCGUGUCUUCACGGCGGCCAGGUGUCUCCACACCGUGGCUUACCUGGCAGGUGUGCAGCCCUGGCGUGUCCUGUGUUUCCUGACGGGACUAGUCCCUACCCUAAGCAUGACUGUACAAGUGCUGAUGGCAGGAGCUCUGUAAUGAUUGUAAUUGCAAGAGUACAAAAAUAUGCCAAAGAAAGUCUAGUCUAGUCUAAAGCUAGAUCUGAUGAUUAUACGUAGAUGGAUGAGGGUUGCUUCUUCUUCUCGCUAAUGAACAGUCACACGCCUUUUAAUGAUAUGUUAAUCUCCAAGCAGGCCCUACGGUAGCCUA